AUGGCUCGCUCCAGCGCCGUGGUUUUGGUGAUCAUGGCUGCUCUGUUGGUGGCCUCAACAAGGGCACUAUCCCCUGCAUCGUCACCAUCCAAGUCCCAUGCAGCUUCUCCAUCGAGCACUCCACCAUCAGCUGCUCCUUCUCCGUCUAGCCAUCCACCUAAGGCUGCAUCUUCUGCAAGCUCUCCUAAGGCUGCAUCUUCUGCUUCUCCAUCAAGCUCUCCUAAGGCUGCGUCUUCUGCUUCCCCAUCAAGCUCUCCACCUUCUCUUUCUCCAGUGAGCACUCCACCUUCUUCUUCUCCUUCGAGCACCCCACCUACGGCCACUCCUUCUCCAUCGAGCACUACACCAACUACCGCUCCCUCUCCAUCGAGCACUUCACCGGAGGCUGCUCCUUCUAGCAAGCCAGCUGCCAACUCUCCACCUUCUCCUCCCUCGUCUUCCCCUGUGGCCUCUCCAGAGAUUUCUCCCUCUUCGUCUGGAGAUGCUCCUGCACCGGCCCCUAGCGGUGCCAUUUCAAAUAGGUUGGCCGUCGCCGGAUCUCUUGCCAGUGGGCUUUUCGCUGCUGUCUUGGUUAUGUAG